AUCUCCAAUCUGGUCAGUUUCUCUUAUUCUAGGCUUCUUAAACUUCUUUCUGUUAGCUGCUCCAGCUUCUCUGAUUGAUUAUAUGGUUAAGCAAGCAAAGUUGACAAAUGGAUCAUAAAGAUAAGGUUUGUGCAGACACCUGGGCAAAGGAUUUAAGAAAUAAGACUUGCUCAGAUCGGCCAAAGUUUGCCAAUUUCAGUGCACACCAGCAUCAAAACAAGUGGGAAGAUCCCUCCAUUUUAGAUUAUGGCAUUAGGAUUGAACCAUCCUUCCAGAAACUCAGCCAGCCAUCUGAGGAUCAAACUUCACUUCCUCACAACUCCAACAAUGAGAAAACAAUUGCAGAUGGGGAAGAUGUUCAGAUGAAUGAGAUAUUUCACGCCAGUAAGAUUCAAGAUUGGGAUCCGAGUACAAUGUUGACCAAUCUAUCCUUCCUGGAACAAAAGAUCCAUCAGCUCCAAGAUUUAGUGCAUUUGAUUGUUGGCCGGAGAGGACAAGUUCUAGGACGACCUGAUGAGCUGGUGGCUCAACAACAGCAGCUCAUUACUGCUGAUCUUACUUCAAUCAUAGCUCAAUUGAUCUCUACGGCAGGUAGUCUUCUUCCAUCCGUCAAGCAUACCCUUUCCAGCGCCUCAGCAUCUGCGGUACAGUUCGGGCAGCUUGGUGGUUCAUUUGUUUCUUCUGGAGCAGGAACUGAAGCUUCUGUUAAGUUGCAAAUGAAUUGCGGAAGCAAGUUACCUGAGCAGCCCAACCAAACUGACCCGAUCAGUAACUAUGGGACUGAGCUAAACUACCACAUUGAAGAACAUGAAUCAAAAGAUGAAGAGGAUGCUGAUGAAGGCGAGAACCUUCCACCUGGUACUUACGAAAUCUUACAGCUAGAGAAAGAAGAAAUCCUUGCACCACAUACUCAUUUCUGUGCUAUAUGCGGAAAGGGAUUCAAGAGGGAUGCAAACUUAAGGAUGCACAUGAGAGGUCAUGGAGACGAGUACAAAACCCCAGCUGCACUUGCAAAGCCCAACAAAGAUUCUAGUUCUGAACCAACACUCAUCAAAAGGUAUUCAUGCCCUUAUGCUGGUUGCAAGCGGAACAAGGAUCACAAGAAGUUUCAGCCUUUGAAGACCAUUUUAUGUGUCAAAAAUCACUACAAGAGAACCCAUUGUGACAAAAGUUACACUUGCAGCAGAUGCAACACCAAGAAGUUCUCCGUUAUUGCAGAUCUCAAGACUCAUGAGAAGCACUGUGGUAAGGACAAGUGGCUUUGUUCUUGUGGCACAACCUUCUCCAGGAAAGACAAGCUUUUUGGCCAUAUUGCCCUGUUCCAAGGUCACACUCCUGCCAUUCCCCUCGAUGAAACAAAAACUGCUGUUGGGGCAUCUGAACAUGGGGAAGGUAGUGAAGCACCAAACAGAGUUGGUAGCAUCAAUUUCAAUUUUGGUUCCACUCUUCCAAGUGCCGGUGGUUUGGUUCAGAAUAUUAUGGAUGUGAAAGAAAGUGUCGACGAUCCUACUUGUUAUUUCUCGCCGUUGAAUUUUGACACAUGUAAUUUUGAUGGAUUUCAUGAGUUCCCUCGACCCCCAUUUGAAGAUUCAGAGAGUUCAUUCUCUUUUCUCAUGCCAGGGUCCUGUAAUUACACUCACAAAACUGGAGGCGAGUCAAAUUCCAAACAGGUCGAGUGACACUGACGACUACUUGGACCAGGAGUAUCAUUUUCUGUAACAAUUGUAAGUUUAGGUGAUCCCUAUGUAUUAUGUGAUUUCUUAAACUUGAAUAAGUGAUUUCCUUUAAUUCUCUGCACUACCAAAAUGGCACUUGCUUUCCAUCUACUUUUCCUUUAAUUAUGGAUGCAAGGAUCCGAACACAAGGCCACC